AUGGCGACUUUGAUCAACUACGACUUGUCGACAUUUAGAGACCACCCGAAACCCAACAAGCGCCGGCUGCAAGAACUACAACAUUCGGAAGCCCGUGCCCAUGCGGCGCGUGUUGCAUAUUGGCGGAAGAAGAAAACAAAUUUACCGGUGCGGGCCAAAAAGAAAUCAUCGCGUGAGGUCAACCGACAAGACACGGGGUCGGAUGCAUCAACUACAUCGAUGGUCGGCCCGAAACCGGUGAGCGACGAUGUUGAUGUGACACUCAAAUUAAAGACGGAACACGGAUUUGUGUAUGAGUUUGGUCUAAAGCCGCUGCCCCAAAGCAGUCGCUCUGAUUCAGUGGUGGCCAUCUCGCAACGGGAUCCGACACUGAAGAGAGUUCCGUGGCGGUCAAAUUUUGAGAGUGGAUCGGAGAACUUGGUGGUUGAUAUGAAGCUCCCUCGACACCCAAAAUCUAACUUUUUGGAUCCGUUUGAUUCUGUUCCCACUCGGCAAGGUGACGAGGUGGUCGCAGCAAUGGAUCAUUACAUUCAUAACUGGGGCCCUUCGCAACGACCUGGUUUGAAAUAUCACACCAAAGACAAUCCACUGAUCAGGGAUGUGUUCCCUACAGCCCUGCAGAAUGUAGAGCUAUUCGAAGCAGCUGUCGCACUGUGUUUGAGUUUCAAAGCAGCAGGUCAAAAUUUUCAGACUGGCCUGUCUAAUUCGUCUCUCUAUCAUAAAGGCCAGGCUUUGGCUGGAAUACGCAAUAAAUUGAACUGGGGGGUGGUAGAUGAAGCUGUCAUCCUCGCAACCGUUUUCCUUAUGAUCAUUGAUAAUGUUUUCCUAGAUGUACAAGCCUAUGAAGCACACUUGAAUGGUCUCCGAAAGAUGGUGAGAGCCCAUGCCGCAAACAUUCAGAACGUCUAUGGAGGGGCUCUUGUGGCUUUCGUGUCCUGGGCAGAGUGCAACGCCCUAUUGAUCUUCGGUGACAGAAUAGCUUUGCACGAUCCAGCAUUAGACAGUUUCAAGUUACGAUAUCCAACACAACCAUUUUCAACCACGGUCAACAGACUGAUUUCGGCGCUGACACCCGGGUUCCAAUCAAUCGCUGUGAGCGGACAGCUCUCCGUCCAUGUGUUGGCCGUUCUCAGGAAUACGAUCCGAUGGACUAGCUGCAUUGACGAAAAGUAUGGACGAAGCUCAUCCGAGGACGAACAAAUCUUCCUCACGACGUACGAUCCACGUGCAAAUAGUGCUCACGCCAUGAGAUUGUGUCGAGUAUCUGGUGAAGCUCACCGGGUCGAAAGUGCCAUUUGUAAGGCUCUCUUUGUCUACCAUGCCAACAUUCUGAAUUGGACCUGUCGUUGCUCUGGGUACCGUCGCAUUGUUCGAGAACUAGCGGAAACGGAAAAGCGGACUGCAGGGACUGCAAAUGGAAUCGGCAGCCAAAUUUCUGAAUUUGAACAAGCAUCUACGGCGUUGGGAGUGCGCCCAACCGUUGCUAAAACACUUCUUACUACACAGCAGGCUGGAGCGAGAGUGGAAACUGUGCUGGGAGAUGGCGAGGCUGUCUAA